GCUUGUUUACUCGCCGUGUUGGUGCAAAUUUCAAAAACCGCCCGAACUUCACAAGCACAGAGUCAUUUUCUGCACAUUCACAGAUAAACGUUGCUGUCAGUCAUCAUGAAAACCAGCGUGGCGUUCUGGCUCGGCAUCAGCUUUGCCCUGUUUGGAUUUGGUUCCUCCCUGCAGUGUUAUUCCUGUCCUGGUGGUUCAACCAGCAGCUGUGAAGUCAAACAGGACUGUAACCAGGGUGAAGACUCCUGCCUGACAGUCAAAGCUGAGGGGACGACCUACACCAGCUGUGUGAGGUAUGCAGACUGUGACUUCAUGACUCUGGCCGUCAGAUUCACACUUCCUGGGUUUGAAUUCUCAUGCUGUCAGUCAAAUCUCUGCAAUGCCAAGAAGGAGAGUUUAAUGGAAAAGUUCAAGAAUUUUUUUGGAUAAGAAAGGCUAAAAAAGUGUUAAAAAAAGGGGGAAAGAACCAAAGCCCUGUCCUUUGUGAAAUCAGUUUGUUGAAGUCAUGGUGCAGAAAAAAAGAAAAAUCCCCACAACACCGAUUACCGAUUAAUCAGGGCGUCGUUACCGUUGUUCAGGACACCCUGGUGGACAAAAGACAACACAUGUCCACUCUGCACCACGUGUGUCUGUGAUUUAACAUCAAUGUGAGUGUCUUUACAUCAGCAGGACAGUCCAGGACUCUACAGCGUCUCUCUCUGUCCUUGGAAGAAAAAAAA